UCAUAAAAGGCGAUUGCCAUUGAAAUUUCAACUCCGGUUUCGAGACUCGGCCAUUUCGUCUGCUAAUCGUUGCAAGAUGCACCAUGUUUUCUUGAUUCUAGCUAUUUCUCUUCCAUUAGUGACAACGUAUACUACCAAACCACCGUGUUGUCGAGACCACUUAGGAUCAACUGCUUGUUAUAAAUUGAUGCACCAAAAUACUAGAUUGUUCGCGAAACGGUGUAAUACGGACGCAGAAUUCAGACUGAUUCAAUGUUGUUCUUCUUGUAACACUAACGGUGUCGGUAUAGCCUACGACUUGGUUGCUCGUUCCCUUGUUUCUGAGCAUUGUUUUGAUAGAUACGGGCCAACAUUUUGCGACAGAUAUGUAAACAAAACGGACGUUUUUGAGCCACAUAACACGUGGUCUUGCGACGGCGAAAAUCCGCAAAUUGCUUUCCGUACAUGUCGUAAAUCGUGCGGGUACUGCAAUUUUAACGUCGUUCAAUACACUUUGGAUAAUGCGCUUCAGGCCUGCCGUGUUCAACCAGUUGCUGAAGAGAAAAGACGAUGGAGGCAAAUGUUUUAUUCUACAACAACAACAUCUUCACCGUCACCAAUUGAAGUCAUAAACUCGACUUAUCAAUUUUGGGAUCAUAAGUAGAAACAAGAUACAACAAUAAUAACUUAUUAUAAAUAAUUAAAAAAUAAAAUUAUGUUUUUUUG